GCAGCCCUAGAAAAGGCAAAAAACCAAGAAAAAAGAAAAGAGAAGAUCCAAGCUACUUAGGGAGGCGUCAGUCGAGCCAAACUGCUGGGUCUCCGAGGUGGGCCCUUCGCCCGCUGGCCCCGGGGGAGGCUGCUGGAGGCCGGCUGGAGACGCUCAGCCUGGGCUCCUCGUGUCUCAGGAUGAGGCCCCUGCCCGGGAGGGAGGUGGACGCACACGAUUGCACCGCUUAAAUCCUCUGUCGCGGGCAGGGCUGUCAGAGGCCGCAGGGGGUUAGCGUAGGGGGUCGGCCACUACCCCCCGAGCCCGCCUUUCCCAGGGACGUCGUCACUUCCUCCCCGCAGGGCGGGCGCGGGCCGCCUGAGUGGGUGCGCGUCGGCCCCACACCCCCUCCCUUGCUGCCUCUGAGCACGCUGUCGUCUUUCAGCCUUCCGUGUCAUUCUGCAUGCUGUUCCUGCCUCCUGGGAUGUAUUCUCAGCCUCACAGAGCCUAGUCCUCCCUCUGGAUGGAGGGCAGUCCUCCUGGUUGAGCCUGUUGCUGCUCCUUCAUGGCAGCCACGCCGUCUUCCACUCCCCGUCGGCGAGAAUGACUGGCGGCCGGCACCACCCCGCUGUUGUCCUCGUCACAGGCGUGGCUUUGGGCCUGCGUCGCAGCCCCUUUGAACACAGGCCUAUUGCUGCUCCCAGUGGUCCCCAGUGGGGUCCAGCGCGUCCCCACGAGGAAGGAGGCGCAGCAGGUGGGCGGGCGCCCCGGGGCCGGGCAGGAGGCCGCCGUGCUGGCAUGUGUGCCGAGUGGCCGGACGGGGACACAGGAGGAAGGCCUGCCUGUGCGGGACCCGGUCUUGGAGGUGGGCUUGCCCGGUCUGCGAAGAGCUCGUUGGAAAAUGCUGGUGAUUUCGUUUCUGGCCUCACGAGGACCCUCCUGCCCGCCUGGCUUUUAAAAGAGCCGCAGCUGGAGGAGGUGCCACGGCGGCCGCGUGACAGGUGGCUCGGAGGCCAUCGGACAAGCGCCACCUCCACGCGGCUCCGCACCUCCGGGCUGUGACCGUUCUGCCGUCGUCGUUCUCAGCGCUGUCGUAGAUGCUCCCCCAGUGCCUCUCGCCAGUGGGGAGCUGGUGCCAGGUCCCGUGCAGCGCGCCUGCGGGCACGGCCACCGCUCAGCCCCGCCGCGUCCACGCGCCGCCUCGGCUCUUGCGACCUUCACUUGUUUCCUCGUCGUGAGCUUUGCCCAUUUCCUGCCGGGCUUGUUCCCGGGCGUUUUGUCCUUCCCGUAACCUGUUUUUUCGUUCAGCGGCUGGCUCCACCGUCCCUACGGGAUCGCUUCGGACAUCACGGAAGGUGAAAACCCCAAAGGGUCCCGCCCGCAGCACCGGUGCCGAGUGAGCGUUGGUCUGUAACAGCCACAGAGCAGUGACUGCUCCGUUUGUCUUUUACAAUGGUCCACGAGCGGAGGUCCCGUGCACAGCCCCCGCCCCCGCCCCGAGCACAGAGCGCCCCUGCGUCCCUCGGACGCCUGGCUCUGCAGUGACCCUCUCUGGGGUCGUUCUUCCUCCACCACCGGUUUCUUACUGUGUCACCUCAGGCAAUUUGCUGCCACCGUGCCGUCAGCUUCCGGGCGUCUUCCCCAGCCUCCCCGUGCGUUUGCCGGGGCGCUGGGGUGGCGCUGGGCGGGACGUGGUCUGGCCUUGACGCUCACGCCCACGGUCAGGCCCGGAAUAUCCUGGCGUCUCAGACGGUCUGCGUCAGUGGGGGCCCUGGGCCCUGCCGGCCAGGUGGCUCUGUCUGCACCCCUUUCCGUAGGCAGACUUGGCUGGGCCUCCCGGGACGGGGUGGGGGUGUUCCUGCCAGAGGUGACUGCGGGGGGGAGGCCGUUCCCGCACCGAGACCUGCACAUCCUGUCGUUUCUUCUCCGGCAGCCAAGGAGCUCUGCGCCCAGCAUCCAUGGAGAUCUCACACCAGGCCCGUUCUGUGCCUGCGUUUUCUGCAGAGGGAGUUUCUGCUUUCAUUGGAUUUUCCUGGAAUUUCUGACCCCCAGUGUUCACAGCUGGUCUUGCGGGAGGGGGGCACCUGUACGCUGCAGUCCAGCCUCUGGACCCUGUUGGAAGCACAAGUACACAGCACCCCGGGGCCAGGAGACAGGGCAGCAGGACCCGAGGUCCAGGCAUUGGCCAUGGCCUCCCGCCUCCUGUUGCCUUAGCGCCCAGGCACGAUUCGCCCACCGCAUCUCUGUCACCCACUGCUGGGCUGCCCUGGACCAUCUCUGCAACCGCCCGGUGCCUGGGGGUUUCAAGAGCGUUCUCUUUCCUGGCAAACACGCCAGCUCAAGAAAUGCCUUCUGCCCGGACGUGCUCUCCAGCUGGGCAUCCUUGGCUCUGAGGUGAAGGUGUGUCCCCGCUCAGCUGGAGAUGGAGCUGCAGAUGCUCAAGUCCCAGGCGGGCCCGGCCGAGCAGAGCUUCCUGUUCUCCAGGGAGGAGGUGAGCGCGCUCAGGUUGAAGAUUGAGGAGCUGGCGCAGGAGCGGAGUCGUCUGGAAGAAGACAAGAAGCUGCUGGAAGCGCAGCUGGAGCGGCUCACCCUGCAGGGUGACUUUGACCAGAGCAAAACCAAGGUGCUGCACCUGAGCCUGAACCCGGCCAGCGUGGCGAGACAGCGGCUCCGAGAGGACUGGCAGCAGCUGCAGGAGGAGUGCAAGCACCUGCGGGAGCUGGUCCGCGCCCUGGAGGCCGGCGGCCCCGUCCCCGCCGACCUGGAGGCCGCCGCGGGGCUGCCCUCGUCCAAGGAGGUGGCAGAGCUGAAGAGGCAGGUGGAGAGUGCGGAGCUGAAGAACCAGCGGCUGAAGGAGGUCUUCCAGACCAAGAUCCAGGAGUUCCGCAAGGCGUGCUACGCGCUCACGGGCUACCAGGUGGACAUCACCACCGAGGGCCAGUUCCGCCUGACGUCCAUGUACGCCGAGCGCAAGGCCGACUGCCUCGUCUUCAAGGCCGCGGGCCCCUCGGGCACCAAGAUGCAGCUGCUGGAGACGGAGUUCUCGCGCACCGUGCCGGAGCUCAUCGAGCUGCACCUGCUGCGCCAGGACAGCAUCCCCGCCUUCCUCAGCGCCCUCACGCUCGACCUCUUCAGCCGCCAGACCGUGGCCUAGCGCGGCCCUAGGCCCGCUGCCCAUCCGGCGGGGCGGCCAGCGACUUGGCUCGAGGGGGACCCCUGAGCCCCGCCCCCACGCAGGACCCCCGUGCAGGACCACCCUGGCCGGUGGGCUCCUGCUGUGAGAGGCGUCUGCGCCCGGCCCCUGGCUCAGGGCCACUCUGCGGGGACGGGCCACCACCCCUCACCCUCCUUCGGGGAGGCAGGCGUGAGGCUGCCUGUGGAGGCGGCAGGGGGUGGGUCUUGGGAGACAGUGCUCUGUGGGCCCGCUUCCUGUCCCCUCCCCGGGCACCCCCCCACCCUCUGCUCAAGCCCGGCUGGGCCUGGGCCUCGCAGGUGAAGCAGGGCUGCCAGCAGAGGCCCAGGCGCUUAUGAAAUAAAGGCUCCCCUCAGCACCGCA